AACUAUAAAAGUUAGUAACUCAUAUCCCGGCUUCUCUUCGAAAUCCGGAGUCGUCAUCAGCAAAAGCGCUCUAAAAAAGCCCUAGUUUCACAGAUCUGUUUCAUUUUGCCUAAAAGCAUGUCAAGGAGAAAGGUUAGGGAGCCCAAGGAGGAGAAUACUAACCUUGGACCUGCUGUUCGAGAGGGCGAGCAUGUAUUUGGUGUGGCUCACAUUUUUGCUUCAUUUAACGACACAUUUAUACAUGUGACAGAUUUGUCUGGAAGGGAAACAAUGGUUCGCAUCACUGGUGGUAUGAAGGUGAAAGCCGAUAGGGAUGAGUCUUCUCCUUAUGCAGCCAUGCUUGCAGCGCAAGAUGUUGCUCAACGCUGCAAGGAGUUGGGUAUUACUGCCCUUCAUAUAAAGCUUCGAGCUACUGGAGGGAACAAGACCAAGACACCUGGUCCUGGUGCCCAGUCAGCACUUAGAGCCCUUGCUCGUUCAGGCAUGAAAAUUGGACGCAUUGAGGAUGUUACCCCUAUUCCCACUGACAGUACCCGCAGAAAGGGUGGAAGACGUGGAAGAAGGCUGUGAUUUUUUGCUUCAUAUCUAUUACUCAUCUACUGCUGCUGCUGCGACGAUGCUUGGAGUUUUCUUUCUUUUUUAAACAAUUUUCUGGUUUAGAUUCAAGCUUGCUUCGCCCUGUUCUCUUGUUGCACAUUUCUAAUUCCUGAAUGGAUUUUGAUCUUAAUUUACAGACAAAAGUUGCGCAACUCUUUAAUCCACCUUUAAAGUUUAACUUUUAUUUGUCCUUGUUUUUCCUUGUCCAGUCAUAACGUGUUAUGGCAGAUACGAACGCCUUACUUUUGUUUGAUGGCGUUCGGAAUUUCAAUCUUGAGAUAAAAAUAUUGCCCAAUGUCAUAGUUUUUCAGUCCUUGCUAGUUUUUCAGGGGAUUAUUUAACCUGUUCAAUCACAGUAAUUUUUAUAUAGGAGUUCAUUAUAGAAUGAAUAUCACAUAAUAUUUUUGGUGGAUUUUACAUAAUUUUAAACUUCGAUUCAUUAAUUGUAAUUCAAGUUAAUUAGGGGCAUCGGUCUUGUUGGCAGGUUUAAUUGACUGCAUAGCUAGUGCCUCAUCUUUUAUGAAUUCUGCCUACGGUCAAC